AUGAAUGCUCGUUUCGCUGCGAUUGAAACCAGCAUAGAUGGCAUUGGCGAAGCGUACAACCAAGUCGCAGAAGGUUGCACUGAGAUUGAGAGACGACUCGAGGGUCUGGAGAAUUCACUCGCAGAUGUUAGAAGUCGUCAGCAUGAGACAACGUCGUCGGUCAAGCAAGUCAAGGCAAUCAAGCAAAAAGUCGAUUCGAUCGAAUUCGAUAUCAAAACUUUGAUCAGCGGACGUCUGGACGAGCACGACAAGGCCAUCAAAGAUCUUACCCGGAACGCUCAAAGUCAGGGACCGAAGGAUGUCGAUGGGAUCUUGGAAAGUGUACUCUUACGACUACAGCAGCUCGAGAAGACUCCCCCUACAACGUCCACCUUGUCAACCACUGCUCUAGCUCAAGCCCUUCUCGAUCGUCUCAAGAAGGACGAGACUAUCGAAGAGGAAGAGCUUGCUCUGGGACUUCGGAAAAUCCUGGGCAUACAGACGUUUCGGAACUUCUUGCGGGCCAGACCGAAGUUCCCAGAACUUGCCAGACCAAGUGACGCAGAAUCAAGCCGAUCACCACAGCGAAGACCCAAAUUCCCAGGUGGAAUGCCGAAGAAGGCGCCUUAUAGGCUCAAAAAACCAGAGGUUUACCACAUCAAAUCUCGAAAACAUCAGAUUCAAGCUGAGAGAGAAGCUCGUGCGAGAAAGAGGAAACGAUCAUCUUCAAAGUCCAGCUUGCCUGCUGCUGCUGCUGCUGAUAGUGAUAAUGGUAAUGAUGCACGCUCCGCAGGUGUGAGGCGUUCUCGGGUCCUGUCGUCGAGACCGGAGACAGUUGAAGACCCAGUGAUUGAUGAACGGUUUGGCGAGGGUGGACAGCAACGUCGGCGGUCAGGUAGAGCAUCCAAACCGGCACAAUUAGCUGCUGGAACUGUCUCGUGGGCUCAAGCGAGGGUGUUGAAGAAGCAAAGGUUGGGUCGCGCUUGA